AUGAAUAUUCAAGAUUGUUGCUAAGGAUGUACUUAUCCAUUAAUUGAAUUAACUAUGUCUGUUGCUUCAUUAUUAUGUUGCAUGACUAUGAUAAUUAUCUACUAUAAAUCAGAUAAUUUAAAAUUAUUUUCAUAUACCAUACAACUUUACAUUUUAUUAGGAACAAGCCUUUAUACUUUAUUAGAUUUUGUUUUCAACGCAUAUUAUUAUUCAAACUAAUGCUAUGGUAAAUGUAGCUGUCCAAAUAAUUUAGUAAAAUCAAUUUGUUAAAUCACAUCUUAUAUCUCUGUUUAUGGAGUUAUGAAUGUGGUUAGUUGGCAAACUGUUCUAAUUAAAAUUGCAAAAGAAGCUAUACUAUAUAAAAAAUAAGAAUAACUAUCAGUUCAUGUAAAGUUAUGUUAUAUUUAGCUUAAUUUAAUUGCAUUUGGAUUUUUUUUUCCAAUAAUUUGCACUAUUUUACCAUAAUUAAGUUCAAAUAUCAAACCACAUUAAGAUGAUUAUGUAAAUGAAGAUGAAUUAACAAAUACAAAUAAUUAUGAUGAUUUUAUAUAUGGACUAUUUGAUAAUGUCUGUUGGUUAUAAUAUCACUUUAAUACCACUUAAAGUAAUUCUUGUAAUUCAACUAACUAAUCACAAUCUUAAUUAACUGAUGAUUUCUAAAAAAGACUUUCUAGGAGAAUAAUAACAUUAAGCUUAAUUUGCUUCUUUUUGCCAGUUAUUUCUUAAUCUAUAAUACAACUAAUCGAUUUAAAAAGCAUUAGCAAAAAAAUAGAAGCUAUGAGAAUGAACAAAGAAAUUUUUAAGUAAUUAUUAUUAUUCUAACUUUUAGAGGACAUGAAAAUCAUAUCAAUGCUAUUAAAGGAUUAUGUCUAAUUCCUUAUUUUUUUCUCUUAACUUGUGUAGUACCAGCUUUUUUGUUUUUGCUUGAAUAUUUUAAUAUUCAAACUACAGAUGCUACUCUCUUUUAAAUUUCUAAAGCCUUACUCAGUUGUUUAGGAUUUCUUAUUUUAACUAUGUUUUUACAAAAUGCUCAUAUAAAAUUGGUUGUUUCUCACCUUUUUAAGAUGAAAGAAAAAUCAAUUUAUGAUUUUUAAAUUGAUCUAUUUUCUGGUUUAGAGGAAUUUGACCUUAAAAAAAGUGAUUUUAAUAAAUAAGAAUGA